AUGAUGGAGGCUACUCCUUCCUGCCGGACCUGCUGGUUCUUUAGGAUGGUGGUGAUCUGCCUGAUGAGUGUUCACAGCCUGAAGAGGGCAGGCAGUACAGCGCUGCCCUUAGACUUUCACGCCUUGGCCCCUCUUCUCCUAACUUGCGUGAACCACGUGAACAUCAGACUGCAGAGUCGAGUUGGUAGGAGAGCUCCGUCCGGCCCGCCGUCCCGAACGACGCAGUCCAGCCCCCCCUCCCCCCCCCCUCCCCCCCCUCAACCCCCUACCCCUUCCCCCCCCCCCCCCCCUUACUCCCCCCCCACCACCCCAACCAAGAAGAGCCACAAGUUCUCCCGCCUCUCCCGCCUGCGUAGGAGGAGACACGCGCGGAAGGCAGACGAGAGCGACCUGAGCGAGGGCUUUGAUUCAGACUCCAGCCACGGCUCACCUAAAGGAAGCGACAACUCCGACAGCGCUUCAGAAAAGAGCGACGAGGAGGCCGCCUUCGACAUCGAAUCCGAUUCAGACAUGAACAGUCAGGAGUCGCGCUCUGACUUAGAAGAUAUGGAGGACGACCACGGCGACGAGGGCAAAAGUCCAAAGGAGUCAAAGGAAGCUGCCAAAACCUGUGAGGAAAAGUCGGGACCCACCACCAGCGAGGCGAGUAUAGCCAGCAACCUCCAGGCCAUGUCCACCCAGAUGUUUCAGACCAAACGCUGCUUUCGCCUGGCGCCCACCUUCACCAACGUCUUUGUGAAACCUUCCUCUGAGCCGGCGGCCUUCAGCGCCAAAGACCAAGUGCCACUGGUGAACGGAGACGCGGAGAAACCGAAUUCUGCAGAGCAAGGGGACGUCUCUGACUCGGAGGAGAGUAUGGAGAGCAGCAAGUCGUGUCACAAUGAGAGGACUCUUCAGGAGAAGCUGGAGGUCAUCACCAGUGAGGGGCUUCUGGCCUCCGUCAAGGUUUUCCUGGACUGGCUGAGGACCAACCCAGACAUCAUCAUCAUGUGCGCACAGAGCUCCCAAAGCUUGUGGAACCGACUGUCGGUGCUUCUGAACCUCCUGCCACCGGCAUCCAAGAUCCAUGAAUCCGGAAUCUCUGUGUGCAGUGAGGUCCAGAACUUGCUCCACGGGUCCGAGCAGACAGACCUGUUCACCCACCUGCUGCUCCCGGAGGACGCCGCACUGAGGAACCUACCUCCGCUGAAGGCUGCACACCGCAAGUUCAACUUCGAGAAGGAGAGGCCGGAUCUCACCGUUCUGGAGGAGUCCAUCGUGCGCAGCUGCUACAUCCGCAGUUUCGGCCAUUUCCUCACCCAUCUGCAGGGGAGCGUCCUACAGUACAACCCGGAGCUCGGCAUAUUCACCAGUAUCGCGGAGUCCCAGCAAGACAACAUCCUCCACCAGGCCCAGGCUCAGUUCCGCAUGGCGCAGGAGGAAGCUCGUCGGAACAGACUCAUGAGAGACAUGGCCCAGCUGAGACUCCAGUUGGAAGUGUCACAGCUAGAGGGCACCCUCCAGCAGCCCAAAUCUCAGUCCGCCAUGUCUCCAUACCUCAUCCCGGACACACAGGCGCUCUGCCAACAUCUGGGCAUCAUCCGACAGCUGGCAAACAGCGGGCGUUUCAUCAUUAUCAUCCCGCAGACAGUUAUUGAUGGAUUGGACUUUCUAAAGAAGGAAAACGCUGGAGCUCGAGACGGAAUCCGAUACUUAGAGGCGGAGUUUAAAAAAAGGAAAUCGGUAUAUCCGCUGCCAGAAGGAAGCUGGGAAGAGUUUUGA